AUGAAGUACUCCACUUUCGUCGUCGCCGCGGCAGCCGGUUCUGCCGCAGCUGCUUCUGCUCCUGCUUACGGCCAAUGUGGUGGUAACGGAUGGACUGGUGCCGUCGACUGUGUCGCUGGCUACCACUGUGCUGCCCAGAACGAUUGGUACUCCCAGUGCGUUCCUGGUGCCGGCUCUGGCUCCAGCGCCCCUGCAACCACCAAGGUCGUGACUUCGUCCAAGCCCGCUGCCACUUCUCAGGCUCCUACCAAAGCCCCUGUCUCCACCAGCAAUGCUGCCGCUUCUACUGGCAAGGUCAAGUACGCUGGUGUUAACAUUGCUGGUUUCGACUUUGGGAUGGACACCAACGGUGCCUCCACUGGCUCCUACGUCGAUCCCGGAACCACUGGCCAAAACCAGAUGAACCACUUCGUCAAGGACGAUAAGCUCAACGCUUUCCGUCUCCCCGUUGGCUGGCAAUACCUUGUCAACAACCAGCUCGGUGGCAACCUUGACAGCACCUUCUUCGCCAAGUACGACCAGCAGAUGACCUACUGCUUGAACUCUGGCGCUGCCCUCUGCAUCCUUGACCUCCACAACUACGCUCGCUGGAACGGUCAGAUUGUUGGCAGCAGCGGCGGUCCCACCAACGCCCAGUUCGCCUCCAUCUGGAGCCAGUUGGCCACUAAGGUAAAGAUAAAAUCUCCUAGCUUGAAGCCUCUUGGACAUCAUACUAAUGAUUUUAACAGNUACGCCUCCAAGCCCAAGGUCGCUUUCGGCCUCAUGAACGAGCCCCACGAUCUCCAGGACAUUAACGCCUGGGCCACCACCAUCCAGGCCGCCGUCACUGCCAUCCGCAAGGCCGGCGCCACCCAGAACAUGAUUCUGCUUCCCGGUAACGACUGUAAGUCUACUAUGUAUACCAUGCCAAGCUUUUCCAACAUGCUAAUUCCUUUUUCACANGGGACCCACGCCAGCAACUUUGUCGACAACGGCUCGGCCGCCGCCCUCAACAAGAUCACCAACCUCGACGGCAGCAAGAGCAACCUCGUCUUCGACGUCCACCAGUACUCGGACUCUGACAACAGCGGCACUCACAACACGUGCGUUUCUUCUUCGUCCAACAUUGCCGGCUUCAGCAAGCUCGCCUCGUGGCUCCGCACCAACAGCCGUCAAGCCAUCCUCACCGAGACCGGCGGCUCCAACGACCAGAGCUGUCUCACUGCCGUUUGCGAUAUCCUCAACUACCUCAUGACCAACUCUGACGUUUACCUUGGCUGGACUGGUUGGUCGGCUGGUAUGUUCGCUACCGAUUACGUGCUUUCCGAGGUUCCCACUGGUAGCGCUGGAUCGUACAAGGAUCAGGCUAUUGUUAGCAAGUGCAUUGCUGGUGUCUUCAACUCCAAAUAA